AUGGAGCAAGGGACUAGGCGAGCUGAACCUCACCAAGGAUACAAGGCAUGCAGGCCUGUGCCCCGGGGCAUGCUGCGUGAGGUGCUGAUGGAGUUCACGAGCACGUCCACCCUGCAUGGCAUGCACUAUCUCACUGAGCGAGGACUCACCAGGCUUGAGAAGAUAUUCUGGGCCAUCUUAACGGUGACCAGUGUGUUUCUGUGCCUGUGGGCGUGCAGCAGGGCGUGGUACAAGUGGCAGCAUAACUCCAUGAUCAUCACCGUAAACGAACAACUCAUGUCCGCCACGGAGGUCCCAUUCCCGGCGGUAACCGUGUGCCCCCAGACUAAAGUGAACCAGGACCGAUACAACUACACCAAACUCAUGAUUGCAGUCACGAACUUUACCAAGAACUCAAAUUUACAUCGCGCCACGAAAGACGAAAUUACACAACUAAUGAAAAAUUUUACGGAACAAACACCUUUCAUGAGGCAGCUAGGCAACGUCGAUCUGAUUUGCAAAUCACUUCUAAAUACGUUAGUUCCUGAUGUUGACGAGGAUUUUAUUGCAGAUAUUUUACAGGCAGCACCUACAUUAAAAGAUAUUUUCAUAAACCUCAAGUGGCGAGGGAAGAUAAUAACCCCGAGCCAGAACGUCCAGAACUACCUGUCUCCAGUGCUGACGGCGGAAGGACUGUGUUUCACCUUCAACGGGCUGGCGGCUGACGAAAUAUUUAACAUUGAUUACGUCCAACCGAAGUACAUUUUAUCCAACGUGUCACUCUACAGGAGCCAAGGCUGGUCUCCAGAUGGUGGUUAUAUCAGCUCAGAACAGACUAAUGGAGACAAGCGAUUUGAUCAACCGUAUCCCAGGCGUGGCGAGGAAAGUAAAUUGGAUUCUCCCGACUUUAGAUUGACUCUGCAUGAUACUUUGCGUCGUGAUUUUCUUUGCGACGGCACCUUUUUCCAAGGGUUCAAGGUGUUUCUCCACCACCCGGCAGACCUGCCGCAGUCUACACUCAACUUCUACGCCGCGCAGGCGCACGAGCGCGUCACUUUAGCUGUCAAAGUCAACGUCGUCACCACUUCCGACUCACUGGCGGAUUAUUCAACCGAACUGCGCCAGUGUUAUUUUCCUUCCGAAAGGGCCCUGAAGUACUUCAAGGUGUACACACCUAGCAACUGCAGGCUGGAGUGUCUCACCAACCACACCAUCGAGAGCUGCGGGUGCGCAUGGUUCUACAUGCCACACGACAACAAAACGCCUUUAUGCACAACCGAAAAGAAUAAAAAAUGUGUUCAAGAAGUGCUAGGCCAUUAUGUCACGAGCGAAGGCGAGUUUAGCACCAACAGCACAGACCGUUGCAAAUGCCUGCAGUUGUGCCACAGCGUACAGUAUGAAGCGGAGCCCGUCAGGACCAACUUCGACUUCGCCGGUUUUGAUGAGGCCCGACACAGGUUCCGAAACGAGCUUAAUGGGUUGACGGAACCGUAUAAAUCUCUUAUAGACGGGCUGACUAGAAUCGAGAUGUACUUCAAGGACGCUCAGUUCGUGACGAUGCACCGCAAGGAACUGUUCGGCGCGACGGACUUCCUGGCCGAAUGUGGGGGGUUAGGGGGGGUGUUCCUUGGUUUCUCCUUCCUAAGUCUGGUUGAGCUCAUCUACUUCUGUACUCUAAGAUUAUUCUGCAAGGUCAGUCGACACACCGAUGAAGAUAAAGGGAAGAAUGGUAAAGCAGCGCCCCACGCCAGCAAACUUCAGCCAUAUGACGGGACGCGCGACAUUAAAGAAUAA